AUGCACGUGGCGGAUGAAGCUAGUAUACAAGGAAUGUUUUUGACCUACCAUCAAACUAGAGCACGAGCCUCACUCAUCGAGUUAUAUGUUGAGUUCGAAGAAAUUGAAGAUAUUGAUUUUCCGGAACCUAAUAUAGACUGGAUGGGUUAUAAUACCGAAAGUGAUGAAGAGUUUGAAGGUAAUUAUGAAGUUGUUGGUCCAACUGAAGAUGUGGAAGAAGAUGAUAUAUCAGUUGAGGAAAAUGUAGCAGAUGUUGCUAAUGCACUAGUGGGUCAACAUCUAUCAGGAGAGCCAUCGUUUAUGCAUACUUUGAAUCUUGAUGCCAUGCAUGUUCCAGAAUUUCCUGAAUAUGUCAAUAGAGUUCCUACUGUUGUCGUAGAUGGUGAAUUCGUCGUUGGAAUGGAGUUUAACUCUAGAGAAGCUGUGAUUGCAGCAGUUAAAGAGUAUACCAUUCAGAGGGGCGUCGAUUAUAGGGUGUAUGAAUCUGAAUCGACAACAUUUUAUGCUAAAUGCGUACAUUACGGAACAAGUUGUGAUUGGCUUAUCAGAGUUAGUCUUAUAAAAAGACAGUAUUGUUGGGUGAUAAGGAGGUAUAACGGUAGUCACACGUGCAUCAGAUCUACUAUCUCUCAAGAUCAUGCCAAACUGGACUCUGGUACAAUUGCAGAAGCGAUAAAAUCAUUGGUUGAAGCCGACCCAUCUCUAAAGGUGAAAUCUGUAAUUGCUGAAGUGCAGUCGAAGUUCAACUAUACAAUAAGUUAUCGCAAAGCAUGGUUGGCCAAACAGAAAGCAGUUGAGAAAAUAUUUGGUGGGUGGGAAGCUUCUUAUGAAGCUUUGCCGACAUGGUUUGAAGCAAUGGUUGCAAAAGAACCAUCAGCAGCUGUUGAGUACGAAACUGCAUAUGCUUACCGAGGGGAUGAGUUGGUUGAGGAUCUCAGGAUUUUGACGCGAGUCUUUUGGGCUUUCUAUCCUUGUAUUAAAGCAUUUAGAAGCUGCAAGCCGCUGGUACAGGUAGACGGCACACACUUGUAUGGAAAAUAUAAAGGGGCUCUUUUAGUUGCAGUAUCACAAGAUGGAAAUGGAAAUAUCGUGCCUCUUGCAUUUGCCAUAGUCGAGGGUGAGACCGCCGAUACUUGGCACUUUUUUCGUAGCCAUCUACGAACGCAUGUAGUAAAUCGAGAUGGUGUUGGUCUUAUCUCUGAUCGACACGAGUCCAUUAUCUCAGCUGUAGGUCGUAGUGAUGGAGCAUGGCAAUAUCCGAGGGCUAUUCACAUGUUUUGCAUCAGGCACAUCGCUUCUAACUUCUUGAGAAGGUUCAAAGCGCCAGGAAUGCAGAAGCUGAUUGUCAACAUAGGCUAUUCUAGAACAGUCCGUGAAUUCAACAUGCGCUACGAAAGAUAUUGUGAGAGGGGUGUGGCUUACAAGCAGUGGCUCGACAAUAUUCCUCGAUCACAAUAUGCCUUGGCAUAUGAUGAAGGACAUCGCUGGGGACACAUGACCACUAACCUAGUGGAGUGCAUUAACGGAGUUUUGAAAGGAGCACGUAAUCUUCCUGUGACAGCCCUUGUCAAGGCAACUUUUUACAGACUUAAUGCCUUGUUCACAAGGAAGAGGGCCGAGGCUGAGGCUCGUAUAAGUGCAGGUCAUUUAUUCUCUGAGUAUGCAACUGAGAAAAUCUAG